AUGGGUAAGGAAAAGGUACACAUUAGCAUUGUGGUCAUUGGCCAUGUGGACUCUGGCAAGUCGACCACCACUGGUCAUCUGAUCUACAAGCUUGGAGGUAUUGACAAGCGUGUGAUUGAGAGGUUUGAGAAGGAAGCUGCUGAGAUGAACAAAAGGUCAUUCAAAUAUGCCUGGGUUUUGGACAAGCUUAAGGCUGAACGUGAGCGUGGUAUCACCAUUGAUAUUGCUCUCUGGAAGUUUGAGACCACCAAGUACUACUGCACUGUCAUUGAUGCUCCUGGUCAUCGUGACUUUAUCAAGAAUAUGAUUACUGGUACCUCACAGGCUGAUUGUGCUGUCCUCAUUAUUGACUCCACCACUGGUGGUUUUGAAGCUGGUAUCUCCAAGGAUGGCCAGACUCGUGAGCAUGCCCUGCUUGCUUUUACCCUUGGUGUCAAGCAGAUGAUUUGCUGUUGCAACAAAAUGGAUGCUACCACCCCCAAGUACUCUAGGGCUAGGUACGAUGAAAUUGUUAAGGAAGUUUCUUCCUACCUGAAGAAGGUUGGUUACAACCCUGAGAAGAUCCCAUUUGUACCUAUUUCUGGUUUUGAGGGUGAUAACAUGAUCGAAAGGUCUACCAACCUUGACUGGUACAAGGGUCCAACCCUCCUUGAGGCUCUUGACCAGGUGAAUGAGCCUAAGAGACCCUCAGACAAGCCCCUCCGUCUUCCCCUUCAGGACGUCUACAAGAUCGGUGGUAUUGGAACUGUACCUGUUGGACGUGUUGAGACUGGUACCCUGAAGCCCGGUAUGGUUGUUACCUUUGGCCCCACUGGACUUACCACUGAAGUUAAAUCUGUGGAGAUGCACCAUGAAUCUCUUCAGGAGGCCCUUCCAGGUGACAAUGUUGGUUUUAAUGUUAAGAAUGUUGCUGUCAAGGAUCUCAAGCGUGGUUAUGUCGCUUCUAACUCCAAGGAUGAUCCUGCCAAGGAGGCUGCCAACUUCACCUCUCAGGUCAUCAUCAUGAACCACCCUGGCCAGAUUGCAAAUGGAUAUGCCCCUGUUCUUGACUGUCACACCUCACACAUUGCUGUUAAGUUUUCUGAGAUUUUGACCAAGAUUGACAGGCGAUCUGGCAAAGAGCUUGAGAAGGAGCCCAAGUUCUUGAAGAAUGGUGAUGCUGGGUUUGUGAAGAUGAUUCCCACCAAGCCUAUGGUCGUUGAGACCUUCUCUACCUAUCCUCCUCUUGGUCGUUUUGCUGUGAGGGACAUGCGCCAGACUGUGGCUGUUGGUGUCAUCAAGAGUGUUGAGAAGAAGGAAGCAUCUGGUGCCAAAGUUACCAAGUCUGCAGCAAAGAAAGGGAAGUAA